GAUGGAAAUCACCUAGGCAAAAUAAUAGACUACAUUUAGGUGUGAGUUGGACAUGGGAAUAUAAGAUUUUAAGGAUACAAUGAUGAUUAGUUGUUCAUAGGACUUACUAUAAGUGUUAUUACAUACAGGAAAAUUGAAUGGCCUAUGGACAGACGCAACUAGUUAUUCAUAAUUAGGCAAGUAAGUGACGUGAAAACGAAAAUAUUAAAAGUGAAAGAAACAUUGGAUAACAAGUGAUAUCGAUGCGUUUAGAGGAGAUAUAAUAUACAGGUAGUGCUGACAUGAAGUAGCAAGUACUAGCUGUCAUAAUGUGAUCCGUCACGAGUUUGACAAGGAAAGAACGUCACCAAAGUCCCGGAACUGUGUUGCUGUGGCCAAACGAAAGUACGUUGUACUGGAACUGACUGGUAAUUAUUGGAAAAAGAAGAAUCAUCAUGAGAAGAGCUCAGAAUGCUCAUACCAGCCCUUACAGUCAGAAUGCGUAUGGUGCAUAUAGUGAUACGGAGCACAUGGGUGAGGAAAAUGAAACCUUGACAGCUGAGUUGAAGGACAAAGUAAAAACACUAAAAUCUCUCACAAUUGAUAUUGGGAAUGAAGUUCGCACACAAAACAGUAUGCUCGGUGACAUGGAUGAUGACUUCCACAAAUCUGGGAAUUUCUUGGAGAGGAGCAUGAAACGACUUGGAAUCUUGAGCAAAGGAUCACACAACUACCACAUUCUGAUCUUGUUUUUAUUUUGCUUUGUUGUGUUUUUAUUGUUGUGGGUUGCCUUAAAGUUCAGAUGAUUAGGGUUUUCAAAGUUAGGGUUUAUAACUAAAUGAUUGUAUGUAUUUUAUUUGGAUAAAUCACAGUAAGUUUUAUAUUUUUAUCAGGAUUUUUACUACAGUUAGACAACUUAUAAAACAUGUUGUCAUCUAAGUGUUCCCAUGAAACUAGGACCAUACUUCUUUGUAAAUUGCUUAAAGAUAUUUAAUCAAAUGAUAAAUGUCUAUGGCUUCCAUGUAUGUUCUGUGUGGAAUGGUUUUUUUCAGUUUUUAGGACUGAUGCAAGUUACUUAAUGUUGCUCAACUUGCCAAUAAUCAGUGCACCAUUUUCACCUUGACUAAUACAAUGGGCCAUUAACGAAACGGCUUUUUAUCGUAGUUUUCCUAUCUGUAUUUUUUAAUAUGUACUAUUUGUAAAUGUUAUGGUAAUUCCUAUUGUUAUAUUGAGUAUUUUCUAUAAACAAUUAGUGGAGAACAUUUCAUAGUAAACUGUUAACAAAUUAUUACUUUUUGAGUUGUUAUUUUUUACUUGUAUCACAUUUAUAUCUUUUUUUUUCAUGUUAUUAGAAUGAUUUAUAUUUCUUACAUUAUACAUAAAGGCAUAUAGGAGUAGUUGUUUAUUCAAGGUUAUGGUUGCUCCUGUAAUUGUAUUUAAAGUGCAAAAUUUGUUUCAUAAUAAAGGUAUUAUUACAG